UUCCAUCUUGGGCAAGGCAUCAAAGUCAACAUAGAGUACGGAGGACAUUUGCCCGUAUCGUUACUAUCAAGUCGGGGUUAUUGGCUCUGGAAAAAAAAAAAGGUCUGAUAAGGGUUCCGAGCACGUGCGAUUUGUUGAUAUCGCGUCAUUCCCCCAACUUUAGGGUUUGCAAUCUAUAGUCCAAAAAAAAAAAAAAAAUAGCAAAUUCCACUUUAUAUAUCAUGUCGAAGCCCGGAGUGGGGAUUGGGUUUGAAGCCGAUCCUUGCUAUCCGUUAGUUUCCGCUGGAUUGUGACUUGGAAUGCGUCGUCAAUAGUUGUUGUUCUACAUGUCUCAACCCGCGUAUGUUGCCCAGGACAAGGCCGAGAAGGCCCCCGGCGAGGUCGACGAGAUCGACCAGGACUUCUCCAGCUCGGACGAUACCUUGACUGCCAUCAUUGUUGCAGAUCACCAGCAUGAUAUUAAGCUACGAACAAUGUCAUGGCAGAAAGCUGCCUGGUUACUAGCGGGGGAACAAGUGUGUUUGGCCAUUAUGGCCCAGUCAUGGUCUCUCUCGGUCUUGGGGUGGGUUCCGGGUAUCCUCACCAUGCUGGUUGCAGGGGCCCUGUUCUGGAUAACGUCCAUUACGAUGCACAAAUUCAUCAUGAAACAUCCCCAAAUCAUGGAUAUCUGUGACUUUGGCUACUAUGCGUUCGGCAAGAGUCGGAUUGCAUAUACCUUUACUGGAUUCAUGUUGUUGGCCAACAAUAUUCUUUUGAUCGGGUUUCACAUUCUCACGGGGGCAAAGAUCCUCAACACGCUGUCGGACCACUCUUUAUGCACCGUGGUGUUUUCCGUGAUUGUCAUGCUCAUGGGUAUCGUGAUGUCGGCCCCCCGUACUCUGCAUCAUGUGUCCUUCAUGUCCAUGUUUUCCGCGGCUUGUAUGGGGGUGUCGAUCCUCCUAUUCCUCAUCUUCGCCGGCACCGAGAAGGCUCCUCUGUACGGAUACAAUGGCAACUACCCGACUGAUGGCCCGGUUCGCACCUAUGCCUUCCCCUUGCCCGGAACCACCUGGGUCGCCUGCAUGAAUGCUGUCCUGAACAUCACCUUUCUCUGGGUUCCGCAGAUUCUGUUCCCCACCUUCAUCUCCGAAAUGGAGAGGCCGCAAGACUUCCCCAAAUCGCUGGCUGUCCUCGCCGGCAUUUCCGCCGUCCUGUUCAUCGUCCCGCCGGCGAUCGGGUUCCGAUAUCUCGGCCAAUAUGCCACCGCUCCCGCAUUCGGCAGCCUGGGGGCUGUUGCGGAUAAAAAGGCCUCGUUUGCGUUCGUCAUUGUGCCCACCGUCGUGAUCGCCGUCAUAUACGCCAACGUGAGCGCCAAGUUCAUAUACUGCCGCAUCAUCAUGCGGCAAUCACGACACGCACACAGCAAUACCGUGGUUGGAUGGGCCGUCUGGGGCCUCACCAUGGUGGUGAUCUGGAUCCUUGCCUUUGUCUUUUCCGAGGUCGUUCCCAGCAUGGGGGAUUUCCUGUCGCUUCUGGGUGCCGCGUUCGACUCCUUCUUUGGCUUUAUCUUCUUUGCUGUGGCCUACUGGCAACUCCAUAGGCAGGAUCUUUUUUCCGGUCCGCGGAGGGCGAUCAUGACUGCCGUCCAUGUUCUCGUCCUGUGCUGUGGAUUGUUUCUGCUGGGUCCUGGGCUGUACGCUGCGGUGGAAGCGAUCAUAGCGGAUUAUUCAGGAGGCACUGCACCGGCCUUUAGCUGUGCCAAUGCAGCGAUUUAGAAUUUCGACCAUAUGGUGCUUUCCCUGGCCAAGUGCGCUCUAAUCUAAUGCAGUAGACUUGUUCAAGAUGAGUCCAUACAUUGGCCGCCGCGAGGAGAAUCCUGCAUCCUCCACUACUAGUGAGGAACUCCCCUCCCAGCAUGGGUAGCAGCAGGUAAUGAAAUAUGCUUU